AUGGCAACGGCGCCCCCUGAUGGCCGCGGCCUCCUGCAGCAGGAUGAUGCGCCCUGCCACGCGCUGCUCAGGAGUGGUGUGAGGAACACGAGGCGGAGGUCAGGGUGUCGCCUCCGCCUCCAGAUUCCCCCAGACCUCCAUCUGGUCCGGCGUCUGUGGGACGCGCUGGAAGAACAAGUCCCAUCCAUGGAGGCCCCACCUCGCAGCUUACAGGACUUCAAGGAUCUGCUGCUCACGUCUUGGGGGAGGACCCCACCAGACCCCCAGGGGGAGGACCCCACCAGACCCAGGGGGAGGACCCCACCGGACCCAGGGGAGGACCCCACCGGACCCCAGGGGGAGGACCCCAACAGACCCCCAGGGGGAGGACCCCACCAGACCCAGGGGGAGGACCCCACCAGACCCCGGGGGGAGGACCCCACCAGACCCAGGGGGAGGACCCCACAAGACCCCAGGGGGAGGACCCCACCGGACCCCGGAGGAGGACCCCACCAGACUCAGGGGAGGACCCCACCGGACCCAGGGGAGGACCCCACCGGACCCCGGGGGGAGGACCCCACCAGACCCCCAGGGGGAGGACCCCACCAGACCCAGGGGGAGGACCCCACAAGACCCCGGGGGAGGAUCCCACCAGACCCCCAGGGGGAGGACCCCACCAGACCCAGGGGGAGGACCCCACCAGACCCAGGGGAGGACCCCACCAGACCCCAGGGGGAGGACCCCACCAGACCCCGGGGGAAGGACCCCACCAGACGCCGGGGGAGGACCCCACCGGACCCCGAGGGAGGACCCCACCAGACCCCGGGGGAGGACCCCACCGGACCCCCCUACAGAAGUCCAGGCUAG